AUGACUUUGAAUACACUCGCUGACUUGCAUGAUGAUAUCCGUGCACAUGGUGUCAAUCGAGAACAAGGCUCUGGGGACAAGGACUGGAUAAAACGCCCGAAUACCCUUCCGGUCCUCUUGGAUGGAAAAGAAGGCGACAAGAGCGACAUAUACAUAUCAAACUGGAGCUUUGGGCAAUUGGUCGCUGUUUGCGUCUGGUUUCCCACCAUCUUGAAGUUUUUUUGUCUCAAUGUUGGUGGUAUCCUACCAAGCUUACGAAAGCGAGUGGGUGACAUGAUCGAAAUUACAUAUCGUAUAGAGAAUGAGCGACCUGGCAGUGAUGUCGCCUUGGAGAGUCUCAUACCCUCAGGGUCGAGCGACAGACGCGGUACUCAUGAUAUGGAGAGUAACAGAUCGACCUCCCGAAGAUCGUGGGAGAGAAUAGAUAACUAG